GAAGAGAUUGCUGAUGAUCUGCAAAAAUGGCUGGAUGAUCAGCCAGGUGAUAAGAUGAAUCUGCUCUUGGAUAUUGCAGGUCUUGAUCCCUCUCAAGAUACUCCUGUUGAGAUUCUGCAUACCAUCCUGCUCAGUGUCAUAAAAUAUGGACUUACAGUUCCUCCCAUACAAGCAUCCUACAUGACACAGUAUCACAAUAAUCUUAUCAGCAAGCACUUCAAGACCCUCAUGCAAACCAUGGUCUUUCAUGUUCAUGACAUCACCACUCCUGAGCAAUUUGCUCUCAUCAGAGCAGUUGGUGCUUUGGGUGCUCUUCUCUGGAUUCCUGAAAUCAAUAACAUGGACCAGUUUCUUGAUGACCUCGAAAUCCUCAUCAGAAAUGUCUUGGAUGUAUUUGGUGAUGCUGAACCAUCACAGAUCCUUGUCAAGAUAAAGCUUCAUCUUCUCCCUCAUUUGAUCAAAGAUAUCUGUCAAUUUGGUCUUGCUAUUCACAAUUCAACUGAGGUUUUCGAAGGAUUCAAUAUGGUCUUUCAUCUAUGCUCUAUUUUUAGCAACCACCAGGCUCCAAGUCAUGACAUUGCUUACAAAUUUGCAUCCAUGGAUGGGGUCAAGCAUUUGCUGAGUGGAGGUUAUUACUGGUCAGAAAGCAAGAAGGCUUGGGUACAAGCAGGAGAGUCAGUCUUAAAGAUCUUGCAUUCUGUGCAGAUCAUUCAGCAUCACUUAGGCUGGGUGCCUCCCCCUAAG